AGCAAAUCUUCAUAUUUUUGAUGUGUAUCAUUGCUGUAAUGGCUAAUGUGUGAAAGAAUGAUCUGCAAACGUCUGGGUCGCCACUUCUAGGAAGUUUUGGAAUGCCAUGAUGUAGUAAAACUUAUCUCAAGGAAGUAAUCGAAGAUCAACAGCGGGAUUUACUCUAUUUUGUUGGAUAUUUUCGGAACGACUCAGCUCCUUGGGAUACAAUUAUCUACAAAACUGACCAUAGUCUGGCUAAAAUUAAAGUUAUGACGUAUGAUAUCUAUUGUCAUUUCUAUUCAAUUGUUAGUGAUCCAAACACAAACUUUAUAUACAUUCUGAAUAGAUACUCAAACAAGAUUUUUGAAAUUAGGACUUCUGAUUUGGCCAUCUCAAGAGAGUUGUCAGUUAGCUCUGGUACUUUUGAUACUAUUUCAAACUUAAAAGCUAGCAUUGAUUUGUAUUUUAGUCUUAAAGUAAAUUCACUUACAGAGAUUUGAAGAUGGGAUGGAUCAAGCACCAAUCUCAGUUGAGUCAGCUUUGGAAUAAAGAGGCCUGUCAUUUUUGCUCCUAUCAAAAAUGACUUUAUCUUCCUCGGGUCAACUGAUUCUGCUUCUGACCAAUACUAUUUGAUGCAUUUUAAUUUCUCGAAUCCUUCCAAUCAAAUCUGGAAGAAGAGCAUUGCAUGCUCAGCUCCAAGUUGUGCUAAUAAGUUCAGCAGUUCUAUUCUGAGCCGAGAUGAGAGCUGGAUUUUUACUAUGAUUUUGCUUGAUGAUAAUUUUAUUUUUCUGAAGCUGAGCGUGUCAGAUGGAACUUCUCACAAUUCAGGACUUAUUUAUAAUGACGGUGGGCUGCAUAAUAGCUAUCCCAUAAAAGAGUUUGAUACUUUCAUUGCUGUUCAGAUGUAUAGUAUUAGUUUACCAAAACUAAAAAGAUUAAUUUUGGUGAACUCGAGUAGCACAGAGAUUUUAAAAGAGUACAGAUCUAUAGAUUCGGAAUCUUUCUCUGUUGGAAGGUUGUUAUAUCAAGGUGAGGAAUUAAUGUAUCAUUGUGGAAGAAUAUCCCUAAAUCUCACAUUUUUCUUUGCAAGAUCAUCUCCUGACACCAUUAACCAGUUCCAUGAAUUUCAAGAAGAAGCACCCCUCUUUACCAAAAUUAUAUCUACUACUAGCCAUCAAGUUUCCUCUACGACAUCAAUUCCAAAUAUCACUACAAGUACAAACACUCUAGCUAUUUCAACUUCGCCUACAAUCACACCUGACGACAUAACUUCGACUGUCAGCCCUACUUACACCACUUAUGUAGCUUUGUGGAACAAAGACCAUAUUGAAUCAGUCCAGAGCAAUACUUCAGUGCAGGUCGAUUUCACUUGGGCCUGAGCUCCUUCUUCAAAUUAUACUGAUAUUAACUUUAGCUUAGCUAAGACUGUGAACCAUGACAUUCCUGAGUGGGUCCAACUGGAUGUAGGUGAUCAAGAGUUGCAUCUGAAUAAGACUCCGAAGCUGGCUGAAUCACAAACAUUCUAUUUCUCGCUUAAGAUAGAUUUUGCCAGUGAGACACAUUAUAAGAAGUUUGAAAUUCAUGUUGAAGAGUGUAAUAUUUUGAACUGAGAGCUUUGACAGUUGGGUAGCACUGAUCUGUGAGAGACUUGAAAUGAAGGGUAUAAACAAUCUGAUGGUCAGAAGUCUUGAUCAAAGAUUACUUUGAUGGCUGGUGCUACUGAAGCUGCGGCUGUUAUGGUGACAUCAAGUGUUGUGUUGGCAAGUGCUUCAUCUGUUCUAUCACUAUCAUCAGUAAAUUCAAUAUUUAGUAUAAUGAACAGCCUGCAGUUGGCAGUUUUGUUACCUCUGAUUACUGACUAUUUUUCGACAAAGGUAUUAGACUUCUUGAGUGGAAUGGGCUUUACAAUGAUGUCUUUUGACUUCAUCAAAUUCAAAGAUCUUCCAUUGAUUAAAGAAAUAUCAGAAUGGGUGUCAUACCCUCAAUCUGACGAAUACUUAAACAGUCUUGGAAUGAGAUCUGGAAGUUCAGUUGUUAACUACUUAUCGCUUAUGGCUGUUCUCAUUUUUCUGGGAGUAAUUCAUUUUGGAAUUUUCUUCUGAAGUCGGUGAGUGAAGAAUUCUAAAAACAAAAGAUGUAGAAAGUUCACCAAAAAACUCUUUUUGUUUUUCACAUUUAAUAUCUACAUCAGGAUAUUUAUCCAGGCAUUUUCUUUUACAAGUCUAUCAAUCUUCUCAGAAAUUUACACUCUCAACCUGGGCACACUUGUGACUAAAAUAUCCUUCGGGUUGUGAAUAAUAUUUGCACUAUGAACAAGUGUGUUAUUUAUCCUUUCGUUCUAUAUGUACGUAAUGUCAUUUCCUCAGGUUGAUCCAAAAAAGUAUUGGCCUUGAAUAGAGUAUUUUAAUGGGAUAAAGCCUUCUAAAUUUUCCAAGCUCUAUUCUAGCCUGUUCAUGCUGUUGAGGCUGAUGCUAUCCUCUUUAUUAAUAUUAUGAAGGGAUAUACCUGCUUCUUAUAAGGCAACUUAUUUUUAUUUAUUGAACAUCGCUUAUGGAGUAUACUUGAUUGUUGUUAGGCCAUUCGAGAACCCACAAGAUAGCGUCAUUGAGAUUAUCAAUCAGACCCUGUUCUGUUGAUUAUCAGUACCAUUAUCAUGGCUAAACACAAAGGAGGCUUGGACUCCAUUCUAUGAAAGUUACUAUAUAACAAUAUUUAUGAUCUCUCCAGCAAUAUGAAGUCUAAUUUGAUUAAUUUUCUUGGUAAAGUCAAUAAUAUGCUACAUUUAUAAGCGAAAAUGCAAUAAGAAAAAAGAAAGUAUUGUUCCAAAGAAACCCUCGACACACAAGAGAGCACCCCAGAAUCAAGAAGAGUUGAACCAAUAUCCCUCACAGAUCAUAAAUCAUGCCUCUUCAAAUAUGAGCAGAAGUAGUUUCUCCAUAAUGCCUCCUCGAGCCCCUCAAAAUCAGCCAAACAUAAAUUUUCACCCUACAAGAAUUCAAGUGAAUGGCAAAAUAGAUUAUCACAGAUAGUUAUGAUAAUAAUGAUAAUAAUC